UCUUGCCAACUCGCCGGUUACAGUCUUAAGACUUACGCCUCUUUCGCAACCAGCCAAGCCAUUACACCGUAUUGCUCUCACCAGAAUCCCAAUUUUCCUCAAAACUUUCUCCCCUUUUCCCAAGAAAAUCCAUGCGCCCAAAUUCUUGAACUGAAACUAGUGUUCGUCUUACACGCUCAAUCAAAUCGAUGAGACCAAUUCAACUUCCUGAACCGCCGAGCCCUACCGCCCAUAGAGGUACUCCUGAUAUCUUCGAAUCCGGAGUUCAUACCUUCGUCCGACGCGCCGUCGUUAUCGGAAACGGUUUCUCCGCCUCCGAGAAUCAGAGUAUCGGAUUGGUUCGCGCACUUGGCUUCUCUGAUAACUAUUUCUUAUAUCGGGUUACCAGGCCUAAAGGAGGAGUAAAUGAGUGGCUUCAUUGGCUUCCAGUCUCCCUCCAUAAGAAAAUAUAUUAUAUUGUAAGAACGGUUGGCGAUUAUUCCCACCUACUGUUGAGAUCUCAACCAAAGAAGCUCAAGCCUUCAGAAAAUGGUGUCAGUGACGGCUUGUUAGGUGUCUUAGAAGCCGAUACAAAGCAGAUAGUAAAAUUUGCUCAAGAAACUUAUGAGAAGGAGGGACCUUUGUUGGUGGUUGCAUGUGGAAGAGAUACCAUUUCUACUGCAAGUUCCAUAAAAAGCUUAGCAUCUCAGAAUGUUUUUGUUGUUCAGAUACAACAUCCAAGAUUGCAUUUGAAUAGGUUCGACAUGGUGAUUGCACCUAAGCAUGACUAUUAUCCUCUGACUCCACAAGGACAAGAACAAGUUCCCCGACUUAUUCGAAGUUGGAUAACUCCCCGUGAUCCUCCGGAUAGUCAUGUGGUUCUCACAACUGGAGCCUUACAUCAAAUAGAUUUCACUUCAAUACGUAGUGCUGCUGCUACUUGGCAUGACGAAUUUGCACAUGUUCGCAGGCCCUUGCUCGCUGUCAACAUUGGAGGACCAACAAGUAACUGUAGAUAUGGUGGAGACCUUGCAAAGCAGUUAGUAGCCUCUUUGCUCAGUGUUCUUACUAGUUGUGGAAGUGUUAGAAUAUCCUUUACAGAGAAGACUCCUCAAAAAGUGGCCAACAUUAUAACGAAAGAACUUGGAAAUAAUCCAAAAGUUUAUAUUUGGGAUGGGCAAGGACCUAACCCUCACAUGGGCCAUCUAGCUUGGGCUGAUGCAUUUGUUGUCACGGCUGAUUCAGUUAGUAUGAUAAGUGAAGCUUGCAGCACUGGAAAGCCCGUUUACGUUGUGGGGUCUGAGCGUUGUAAAUGGAAGUUUGCCGACUUUCACAAAUCAUUGAGAGAGCGGGGAGUUGUUCGGGCUUUUACAGGUUCUGAGGAUAUAUCAGAGAGUUGGAGCUAUCCACCCCUUAACGAUACUGCUGAUGCAGCUAACCGAGUUCGUGAAGCGCUUGCUGCCCGAGGGUGGAAGCUGAAGAUAUAAAAUGCAAUUCGAGGUUUAUUAUACUUUUCAUCAAAUAUAUUUUUUAAUUGAAUGGGAUUCCCAUUCAUUGUUUAUUGUUUGAACAUAAUGCCAACCAAAAUUCCCCAAAUAGGAAAUACAAGUGAAAUAUUUAAUUCUUUUCACCAUAGCAAUUUUUGAAGAUGUAAUGUGUGUAAUAUAAGUUUAGUCACAUGAUUUUGGCGUUUGAAAGAAUGAGGAAAAUAAAACGAAUAUGCUGAAGAACAAA